AUCGAGCGAAAUCCGUCUGUAAUAAUAAAGUGAGACUAUUAGGAUGUGUGAAAACGGCAGUAAUAAUUGAUUAUCAAAAAAGUGGGUGGGCGUGCUUCGGUGGCGUUCGUGCCAGGCAUGCUAAAGGCAACUGGCGUAUGGAGGUUGCCGUGUGUGGAGCGUGUGGUUGAUCAUCGAAACUGCCGUGGUUUCGGGUCAGGUCGACGAUGUUUUGUGGCGUGAUACGCACCUAGAGGUGGCCCCCCCAGAAAUGUUCAAGCGGCUCAAGGAGAAAAUUGUGGAAGAAGUGAAGCAGUCGCCCAUACGAUUCCCGCAGUUUCCAGCAGGACAGGUGGGCCCCGGAGAAAGUGGAAGCAACAGCGAUGCAUCCUUUAGCAUUACUGAAGAUGACCAGCAACCAAACGAGGAGGAUGGUGCAAGCAACAGCACAGACCUGCUGCCGCUGUACCGUCCACCCGAAAACAGUCCGGCCUUGGUCGCCCCCUCAGACGCGGAGAGUGAGACAGAGGAACUCAGCCUGGACCAUGUUUCCAAAGAGGAGCUCUGGACCGCAUUCCAGACUGCCCGCGCGCGCGUCCGCAAGUAUCGCAACAAGUACUCGGAGGCUGUUCAGGCAUACCGUUCCUUGGAUACGGAAAAGGAGAAGAUUAGGCGCAUCUUGAGCGAGAGCCAGGACAAGGCUUUGCGCCGAAUGGGUGAGCUGCGUGAGCAGGCCCAGCUGGAGCAGCAGGCCAAGGCGCAUCUGGAGGAGAACCUGCGCUGCCAGCUGGAGGAGAAAGAGCACAUCAUACAGACGCUCGAGACCAAGGUGGCCCUGCUAAAAGCCAACAAUGCCAUCCCCGGUGCGCCGUGCGACACCACGGCGCAAGACGAAGAGCUGGCCCACUACAAGGAGAAGGUUCAGCGCCUGGAAACCCUGAUGGCCAAGUGCAAAGACACCAUCCAGAACAGCCGUGAGCGGUCCACUCAGCUCAUGCAGGAGAGAGAAGCUCUGGCCCGAGCACUCGACGAAAAAGGACGCCAGCUGCAGCAGCUGCAGGAAAGUGAAGCCGAGACGCAGGCCAAGUGGCGCGUGGAGCAGCAAGAGCUGGAGCAGCGAGCACGCCAGCUGUCCGAGUCUCUUGAUGCUGCCUCAGCCGAGCGAGACCAGCUUCAUAAUCAGCUGUACGAGAUCAAAGCUCAGCACCAACAGCAACUGGCUGAACUGGAAAAAUCAUUGGAUGAAGAGCGCUCACGCAGCAAGGUGGCUGAUCUCAAACUUCUCAAGCAAGAGUGUGACAAGAAGAUUGCAGCGGCUGAGCACAACUGGGUUCAGAAGCUAGAAGCGUCUGAGAAAGAAUACCACAGACGGAUGUCAGAAAAGGAAAAUGAACUGCGACGAGUGGCUAAGAAACUGUCGGAGCUGAAGUCCAUAACUGAGGAGGCUGAAGAGCAAGAGGGAACAGAGGAUGCUGAAACUGGACACGGGGAUGGCCUUUUGAGAGACAUCGAAUCUUACCAGCUGGUGAAGCACAACCUCGAGCAGAGCGUGCAGCAGCUUAAGGCUGAGCUCACCACUGAGCAAGAACGGGCAGCACAGGUUCAGUUACAGCUGAAUGAAGAAGUGGGUCGACUGCAGGCAGAGCUGCAGAAACAAACGAGCGCAUUCCACGACUUGCAGGCUCAACUUGAUAAAGCACUGCAGUCCAGUCUGUCACAGCUUGAGAAGAGCAAGCAGAGGGAAUCGCAGCUGACCGAAGAAGUUCAGUUACUGAAAUCGCACUCUGAGGAAGAGAUGACUGCGCACAUUGAGCGAUGCAAGCACUUGGAGCAAAGUGCCGAGGAGAGCAGGUUACUUGUCAAAGAGAAGCAGUCUGAGGUUGCUAGAUUAACUUCCGAAGCCGAGGAGCUUCAUAAGGAACUUCAGGCGAGCUUAGCCCACCUGGAAGAAAGCAGAAAAAAAGAGUCUCAGCUUGUGGACGAGCUGUCAUUGUUGAAAUCACAAACGGAGCAAGGCCAAAUUGCGAUCGUGGAACGUUGCAAAGCUUUGGAGAGCAGCGCUGAAGAAAGCAAAAGGCUGGAGCAAGAGAGACAGUCUGACAUAGCCAGGUUAAGUUCUGAAGCAGAAGAAUUGCGUAAAGAAUUGGCAGCAACGUUAUCUCUGCUUGAGGAAUGCAGGCAGAAAGAAUGUCAAUUGACACAGGAGGUGCAAUAUUUGAAGUCGCAGGUUGAGGACAAAAGCGCAAUCCUGAAGCAAUGUGAAGGCCUAAAGAAGCAUGUCGAAGAUCACAGGUUACUUGCAGAAGAGCGGCUUUCCGAGGUGAACAGGCUGACUUCCGAGGCUGAAGAGUUACGCAAGGAGCUGCAGACAAACUCGUUAGAGCUAAAGGGAGCUAAACAAAGGGAACAUCAGAUGACGGAAGAGAGCAAAUCCUUCAAAUCACAAAUGGAGCUGAAGCAGAGUGUACUUGAAGAACAGGUUAAAUGUCUCGAGACGAAUAUUGAAGAAUCAAGAAAACUAGCUGAAGAAAAGCAGUUUGAAGUCAUUAGACUGACGUCAGAGCUUGACGGCCUCCGGAAGGAGCUCGACACAAGCUUGGUUCGUUUGGAGGAAAGCACGACGAGAGAAUCACAACUGACACAAGAGUUGCAGUUGUUGAAAUCACAGACGGAGCAAGACCACAGUUCACUCCUGGAGAAAUGCAGAGCUCUAGAAAGAGAGGUUCACAAAACCAAGCAUGCUGCCAAUGAAAAGCAGUCUGAGGUUGUGAAAAUCGCCUCUGAUGUUGCAAGCCUUCAGAAGGAACUUGAGCUGCGUGUAGUCCAGCUGAAGAAAAAAAAGGAAAUAAAUGAAACGAGGCAACUGGCUGAAGAGAAGCAGUCUGAAGUGUCCAGAGUGACUUCCGAGGCCCAGGUACUUCAGAAGGAACUGCAGGCAAACUUAGCCCAGCUAGAAGUCAACUUAUCAAAGCUUGAGGAUGCUAGGCAAAGAGAGUCCCUGCUAGUACAAGAAGUGCAUCUGCUCAAAUCACAAGCAAGCGAAAACCAAAAUGCAGUCCAGGAAAGGUGUAAGGGCCUGGAAAAGGAUGUUGAGCAGGCCACACUUUUGUCGGAUCAGAGGCAGUCUGAAAUAGUCAGGCUAAAAGCUGAAGCCGAAGUCUUGCAGAAGGACCUCCAGGAUAAUAUAGCUACACUUAAGCAAAGCAAGCAGCGAGAAUCACAGUUAAUGAAAGAGCUGAAGAGUAUGAAGUCACAAAUAGAGCAAGAACAGAGUGCUACUUUGGCCCGGUGCACAGAACUAGAGAAAGACGUUGAAAGGUUCAAACAACUUUCUGUAGAGAGGAAUUCUGAGGUUGCUGGACUGAGCUCCGAAGUGCAUGAGCUGCAUGGCAAACUGCACGAAAGUUCGUCUCAGUUGAAGGAAAGCAAGGAGAGAGAGUUGCAGCUUUCUGAAGAGCUGAGUUCUCUGAAACUGCAAACGGAACAAGGCCAAUGUGCACUGUUGGAUUCGUGGAAGGCUUUAGAACAGGAGAUGACACAAGUCAAAUUUAUGUUGGAUGAAAAGCAGGCUGAAGUUUCCAGACUCAAUGCUGAAGCCGAGAGUCUCCGAAGGGAGCUGCAGCUCAGUUCUUCGCACGUUAGAGAGAGCCAGCAAAGAGAAUUGCAGCUAGCUGAUGAGGUUCAACAGUUAAAACUACAAGUGGAACAGGCACAGAGUGUGCUUUCACAGCGAUGCGGUGUUCUUGAGAAGGAUGUUGAAGAAGCAAAGUCACUUGCGGAAGACAGACAGUUAGAGGUUGCAAAACUGACUUCCGAAUCUGAGAACCUACGCAAAGAACUGCAGGCGAGUAUAUUUCAACUGGACCAAAGCAGGCGGAAAGAGUUUCACUUGAUGCAAGAACUGGAGUCAUUGAAGUUGAAAGCUAAGCAAGAGCAGGAUGCUCUUCUGGAGUGCAUUAGGGGACUCGAAAAUGAUGUCGAAGGAAUGAACACGUCCAAAACACAGCACAGCCACCGUGAGAGUGAGGGUGCCGACGAAAGGCUACAACCUGUUUCAGUAGGAGAGCAGCUUGUGGAAGGUUCGUUAGUAGAAGGAGAGUCGGAGGUUGUCUGCACAAGGCAGGAAUUGCUGCAGACACAAGCAUUCCGCAACAGUAACAAUGAAGAACAACAUUCUUCUAUUGUGCAGCUGAAGGAGAAACUCACUGCUCUUCUGCAAGAGAGGCAGCGCCUUUCGGCAGCUGAAAAUAAUCAGCAAAAGCGUGUCAGGGAACUGGAAGAAUCUCUCCAGGAAGUCCGAGACAGCCUUGGGAAGCAGCUGUUAGAAGCUGAGACACUUGCCAAGAGCUACGAGGAACAGUUGCAGGCCCUCCAAGAUCGACUCACAGUAGCACAAAAACGGUGGCGACUCAUCAGCCAAGUGAUGGGCAACCACAGCAGCCACACAAGUCUGAAAUGUCAGUCAGGCCAUACAGACAAGGUUGACGAAGAGGCAGACACGCCAGCAGCCACACAUGGCAGUGGUUGGGAUGAUGCAUGGCCAGAUGAGGAGGAGUGGGGCCCUCGUGAGUGCCCAGCUGACGAACGAAUAGAAGCUCUUCAAAUGACCCUUGGCCGUUAUCGGGAUGAAAUCAACGACCUGCGCGGCAUUUUGCGGGCCCAGCAGAACAACAAUGCAACAAAUCACACUGGCAAAAACCCUGUGCAGCUCCCCGAGCCCACAGAAUAUGAGUACUUGCGAAACAUCCUGUUUGAGUACAUGAUGGGAAAAGAAACAAUGACGUUGUCCAAAGUCAUUGCAGCUGUGCUCAAGUUUAGUGAUGAGCAGAAGAACCAAAUAUUGCAGAGACAAGAGGCAAUACAGCCACAGGUCAAUUCUGAGACGAGCUCUUCAUCUUCAGGGGCGCAAGUCAAAUCCUGAAUGUGAACAAGUCCUGGUGGUCACAGCGUGCCUGCACCAAGCACACGCUGUGCAAUGAACACGACUGAUUCAUUUUUUCGAAAGCGCCGUGGGCACUGCAUUUGCAGCAGCACUGGAAAAGUGCUGCGCAUAUCGUCUACAUCAAACAUUAAUGGUGUGGCCUAACAAGCACGGCACACAUCUCAUCAAGCUCCCCACUGCGUGCACCCUUCAAGUAGACUGUACCGCCAUGACAAUUCAUGUGCAAAUGGAUGUGUGCUUGCACGACCAUUUCUUGCCACUGUGACUAGCAUCGCAAGACUAAAGAUACGUCUGCAAUACAGCUUCUAGGUGGCAUUGCGAAGGCCAGUUUCAGCAUGUGAUAACGGGAGGAGGUCCAAAAAUAAUGGAUUUUGAAUAAAGUUAGGGAAGGCUAUGCAUGUCCCAGAA